GUUUCUCCAACCCGCCACUGUAUCGUCAGCGAAGAAAUAUACUGACCUAGUGGCCAAAUCAGUAAACAUUUCGCAAAUGGUGUAGGUGGAGUUUUCGUGUGGUGUGUCGUCAAAUUUUGCAAAGAAAUUGAAAUUCCCUCAAGAUGACGAGUAUCACCGAACCCACUACAUUGCCGAAAACCAAAAAACCAUCUGAUAGCGCUUUCAAGCAACAACGACUUCCUGCUUGGCAGCCCAUCCUCACAGCUGGAACUGUGCUUCCAACUUUCUUUGUAAUAGGAAUAGCUUUCAUACCAGUUGGCAUUGGACUGUUGUAUUUUUCGGAUGAAGUCAAGGAACAGACUAUCGAUUAUACGAAUUGCAAUUCCAACAAUACAGUGGCAGGCAACAGCACCAAAUGCGCAGACAUUAUCGCUCUGAAUCCAUCAGCAGACUGUUAUUGUGAAAUUGACUUCAAACUACCAAUAGACUUUGGUGGGAAAGUCUAUAUGUAUUAUGGUCUAACAAAUUUUUAUCAAAAUCACAGACGAUAUGUGAAAUCUAGAGAUGACAAUCAACUUUUGGGCCAACUAAGUUCUUCAGUAUCCAGCGACUGUGCACCGUUUGCAUAUAACGAUUCACAAGUACCAAUAGCCCCCUGUGGAGCCAUAGCAAAUUCGUUAUUCAGCGACGAGUUGACGCUAUGGUCGGAAAAGCAUGGAAAAUUUGUUCCCUUAUUAAAAACUGGAAUUGCUUGGCCUUCGGAUAAAUCUAUAAAAUUCAGAAAUCCUCCUGGGCAUUUGGAAACGGCUUUCCUCGGUUUUGACAAACCUAAAAAUUGGGUCAAACAUAUUUAUCAACUGGAUACUGAGAACCGUGAAAACAACGGGUUCCAAAAUGAAGAUUUGAUUGUGUGGAUGAGAACAGCGGCGCUUCCCACUUUCAGAAAGUUAUACAGAAGAAUUGACUACUCUCAAAAUGGCUUCACAGAUGGUUUGCUGGCUGGAAAUUACAAACUUUACGUAAAGUAUUCAUAUCCCGUAUCAGCAUUUGAAGGUACCAAGCGGAUGAUAUUGAGUACUACAUCACUUUUGGGGGGUAAAAACCCAUUCUUAGGUAUCGCCUAUAUAGUAGUGGGUUGUGUCUGUCUCGUGUUGGGAAUUGCAUUACUAAUUAUCCAUAUCAAAUGCUCUAAGAGCAGUGACAUGAGGGUAUUGUUAAAAGAAGAGUGGUGUAACUGAAAUGGUUUAUGUAAUUCUCGUCUUAUAGUCCUCAACUACUACAAAGUACUCUGAAACAUUGUCAAUAAUGUUUCCAUAAGAUUUCCGACCCCACUGCCUUUAAGGUCAUCAAUGUCAGAAGACGGAUUAAAAACUUAUGCUCACACAGUGUCAUGAAUAUAUUCUUUUAACUGAACCAUGGAUUUCUAGGUCUGCACUCUGCUUUUAAAUUGUAUCUAAAUUAAAACUCAAUUUGGAACUAGUAUAUGCUUUCUAAAUUUUGGUUAAAUCCUUAAUUUAUAAAAGGAAUUUGUGUACUAUACAUUUGGUGAUCGUUUAAAAAAAUUUUCAAUUGAUAAAGUUUUGAGGCAGGAAAUAUGUACAUAUUUUAUGAAACAGAAGUACAUACAAUUCAUUGUUAUAAUAUUGUACGUGUGUAUGUUGCGCAGCAAACUAAUGUAAGAGGGGCUCCCAGAAAAUAUGAUUAGGGCUUCCUAGUUGUUCUUGUAAGUGUUUGUUGAAUCGUCUUAUGUCUCCCCAAAAUUUUUCAGCAAAUAAAUGCAAACCAAAAACCACUGAGUUCAUAGUCUGCUUUCCACACACAUUUGUUAGCGCCAAAAGUUCUGAUACAUUUCAAUUCCUUGAAGGAUCAUCUUCUCUUCGUUUUGUCAUGUAGCUUCGGUUCGUACGUUCAAGUGAAGUUUAAUUCGGUACUUGAAUUCAAUGACAACCACACGAACUUCUUAACUUCUAUUUUUUCUAUACACGUAAGAUUUAUCCGCAAUUGCCUGAUUCCAUAACUACUUAGCAAAUUUUUAUAAUCUUGUAUUUUUGUAACUCAAAUAUUUCUAUUUUCAUGGAUAGAAAUAUUGAUUAAAAAUUUUUUCAACCAGAACAAGGAGCUGUAGCCCUCAGUGGAUUCUAAGUCCUGCCAUUUUGUUUAAAUUGCUUUAAAAAAGUUCAAGUGCUAUGACGCAUGUUACUCCUGGAAUUGCUCCUGUAAGUGUAUGCAUUGCAGCGUAUAAAAUAGGAUGAAUAUUUCCAGUUUUUAAUGAAUAUCAAAUGAUUCAAACAUUACAAACAUCACAACAGAUUGAAUGAGAAAAAUAAAUUCCUUCAAAAUGGAGAUCAUUGUAACUGAUCACUUAUUUAUUCUUUUGGGUUUCACCAGUCUUUAGAAUCAUUCCUUAUUUAUAUUAUCGUCUGGCCAAUAUUGAUUAUUUAGCAGUCAGGAAUGCCUCCUGAGUCAAUAGAGUAUUCCGACUUGAGAUGAGUAUGCAAUUUGCGAUUUGCUAUUCGUCCAUAAGAGGACCUGAGUAAUUAUCACAAACCCAAUGCACGUAUUGCAGCAGGUUGAAUGAAAUAUGUGUGAAAAUGAAUGCAUUUUUCGUUUUUAAGCACAAUUAUUGCAUGGAUUGUACGAUAAUGUGAACAUUGUUAUAACUAAAUAACCCAUGAAUAGUAAAGUUGGGUUUAAAACCCGUAUUAGUACUAUAGUUUCAAAUUUAAUCAUGAUCCACAAGCGACUGCAUGAGAAUGCAGCAUUAAAAUUAUGAAGCUUAUCAUUAGGCUGAUAUUGAGUAGGAACUUGGUACAGAAGUAGGAUUUCAAGUAACAAGUUGAUUAACAGAGAAUGCUUGCAAAAUUGACGAAUUUUAUUUCGUAAUGUCAUUUGGAUAUUACAAAUAGGUACAACUAUUUCAUCUAUAGAUUAAAAUAUUAAUUACCCUUCUACAGAUAUGGCUGUGGCUAAAACGAGAGUGUUAUUUUGCAGGUACUUUAUGUAAUUAUUGUACAUAGCAUAAAUUUCCUAUGCCUGUGAACGUUUCACCAACAUUUGCUUGCUAUGAAAAGUCAUAACUAGACAUUACUCUAUUGACCGUUCAAUAUUUUACAGUACAAACCAGAUGAUCAACGUUAACUCCAAUACACCGUACCAAUGAGGCACUCAUCACACGUUAUUCGUUCACAUUGAACAUCUACCAAUUCCAACAUUCAGGUGUCGGUGAAAUUUUUAUCAAUGUUUAGCGCUUGAGCUAUGUCAUAGUAUUGCUAGCCAGUACAGCACAGAGGUCAGUGACACUAAAAAACCAUCUCUUAUUUGCCUAAGAAGAAAUUUAAGUCAUAAAAGCCUUUAAACUGAUGUUAAAUUAGCUUGGAAUUCAUAUAAUAUUUAUUCAUUCUUGUGGUUAUGUGAGGCCGAGCGAGCAAUGCAUUGUGAAAUUUCUAAACGUUUGCGGCACGUUCGUUCUUGGCAAAACCUAACUUAAUUCUGAAUAAUCUUUGCUGUCAAUUUAUGAUAUCUAAUCGACUUAUUCGGCUAUAGCUGAUUACUUUUUUUUCAACUUUUAAUCAAUGUAAAAUGCUUAGUAUGGCCUGUAUUAAUGUCGUGUAUCAAACAUACAAUUUUUGACAAUUUACUGUUGAAAUCAAAUAAGAACAGCAGGUAUCGCUAAGGCCAUACCAAGUUUGUAGAUAUAAUGUCUAGUUAUCCAUAGAAAUCUUGAACAAGUUUGAAAUAAAAAUUGAUAAAUUGUUUCCUGACUCACUCCAGAUGGAUAUAACUGUAAUGUUCUAUCCAGAAUUCUAAUUCAUUCAUCAACUCCUAAUAUUCGAUUAGGAGUGACUUUUAUAUAAUCAAUGUGCCUCUGCAUGUGAUAAUUUAGGAUGACUCGUUAUAAUUAUCUAUUUAUAUGUAUAUUGCAAUUUUCUAUGACUGUUCCCACGUUAUUUAUAACACAUUGGCAUCAUUUCAGGUGCACAAAUUACCAGUAUUUUAUUUAAUAGAAUCAAUUUGAAUAUUUUACCUUCAAGUUAUAAGUUAGUUGAGUAAGUAAAUAGUACUGUAGUUAAUUGUCAACGACGUAAUAAAUUGUCUGAAUUGAUAAUCUUGAAA